AUGAACGCCUUUGCCCGCGAGGGCAUAGAUGACCCGCACCAGUUACGUGGUGUGUCUUCCGAAUCUGGAUUUCUUUCUCGGUCGUCUUCCGCGCCUUCCUUCUUGUACUGGUCUCCAGCAUCGUUCCAGAGUUGUACAGAUGUCCCUGAGUCCAGCACCUGCAAGGUUGACGCAUUGGGACAGAAUCGGCCCUUGCUUGCGUCGUGUCACUUUUCUCAGACACCGGAGACACUUCCGCACUGUGCAUUCAGCCGCCAGUUGCCGCAGUCCAGCUGUGGCGAGCCGGGUCGCGCUCAGCGGGCGUCCUCCUAUCCGUGCGCUAGCCCGAGCUGCAGCCAGUGGAGAUUCGCCGAUGGACAAAGCUCGGACGCCAGCCAGGGGACCUCAUCGGCUCAAUCCGAUCCUUCUCGACCAGCCUUCGUCCCUGGGAUGUGGCAGUGCCGUGCUCCCCGACGAGCCACAACGGGAUCCGUCGGCGCGGGGCCCUCUCCUAACGCAGUUUCCGCUAGACGCGAUGCAACUCAAACGCCGCAUUGCCGGCGUUCACGUCUCGUUGAUUUCGCAUCCCGUAGUACAGAAAUUGCUUCGCCACAAACCCCUGAAAAUGGUUCAGGCAGCGGCGCGCGAGCGCCUCGGGAGGCGUCCGAGCAACGUCUUCCUCCAGCGCAGCACUCACAGCCGUCUUCGCCACUGGCACCCUCGUAUGUGAAUAACAGAAGAGACACAUUCUUGUUUGGUGUGGGGCGGAGAGGAGGUGUGGAGCAGGGCGACGGGGAGAGAGAAGGGCCUUCCUUUCUUUCUCCUCCAGAUCCCGCCGGAGAAGUUGCGGCGGUGGUUACGUGGGCACGGACGCUGCUGCCGAACCCCGGGGCCAUCUGGUCUCGAAUUUCGGAUUCCGUGUGGCGGGGGGCGGUGAUUCUGGGAGGUACAGGUAUCUGCUGUUCUUGUGUGUCUUUGCUGUUCCUUUCCCUCGGUUUCCUGUCUUUCGCUGUCCUCAGCGCGUUUGUUACACCCCCUCCCCUUGCAGAGUUCCCCAUCCACUUCGAUUACUUCCCCGCUCUCUCUGAAGCUCUGAGUAGUUCUCCGUUCGUGCUAGAGAACUCUCCUCACGUGCCGUCCGUCGCCUCCACUUCAACAACCUCUCCUUCCAACUCCUCAGUCCCCCUUCCUUCGUCUAUCCAAGUCAACUCCACUCGGUCCGUGUCAAUUCCUUCUUCGGUUCUCGAGGGCGCCGAAUUGCACGGUGGAUCUGCAGUGGAAAGGCGAUGCUCCGCUGAGGAAAUUGGUCCACUGCGGAGUUAUCUUUGUUAUCCGUCUUUUCUAGAUUUGUUUGUCCCGCGAUCUGCACAAGCACACCAUAGCUGGUCUCCGUGGAGGGGAAGUGGGGAUGGUGUGAGUCGUCCUGACGCCGCAGCCGACUUCGAUAAUCCUGUGUCACCGGCCGAGUUUGUGGACCGCGAACAUGUUUCGAGAGAGAGGUUGGCGCGGAUGCCUUCCCAGGGAACCGCCGAGACCACCCGAGACGUUCUGUGGGCCUCCUACCUUCUGCCAGGGGCUUCAUCCAUUGCUGUGGCGGCUGUCCCGUUUUCCAAUCGUUCGUGGGAGUUCCUGCCCGCGGAUGCGCAAAUGUAUGCACCUCCAGCCCCUUUCUCGUUUCACGGGAAGACAAAGGGCGGACGCGUGUCACGGAUGACAUACUCCAGCGGAAGAGAAGAAGACGUUCCGGCCUCGUUCUUUGCAAAAUUAGACGCUUCUCAGCUUCCAGCAGACUACAACCUGGAUGUUUAUCUUACCACAUCUUAUCCGAUGAACAACUGGAAUUCUCAGUUGCCCCCCGUCAUGCUUUCGCUUCUUCUCUUUUCCUCUAGCCACACUCCCGUAGCCAAGGCAACAAGGUCCCUCUUGCCCGACUCUCCGACAGACAUGACUGUGCAACCAGCUUCUGUCGUUCCUUUACACUCUUGGACCUCCUGGUUUUCCCCGUCGUCUCUGUUCUCGCUGUUCCUUCCAACCUUCUUUCGCGCUCCGGAAACCCGGCCGCCGAAUGUGUCAACCUCUCUCCUUUUCUUUGAGGCCUUCCCUUUUGCAUUAACGCGACGUGUGAAGUAUGCCCAAGUGCUGAUGUAUCCUCCACUUCGUGCGUCUAGGGCUGCCCUCGUUUUCGUUCCUAAGCUCCACGGCUUCCGCGCGUUCCUUGCUUCUCACUGGACAGCUGCCGUUUUUCUUCUUGUUCUUGUCUUGUUCUCCUGUUGUGCUUCAUGUGUCUGUUGUGGGACACUUGGUUUGACCUACUUUGUGAUCCCCCUGGGAACGAACGACGCUGAUGAGGGAAACACCGUACACAGUCUUCGUGAAAGUGGCAAUAGUGCAACGGGAAGGAACCCGCACCCCAAUGGAAGUCGGCCGGCGGCCGCCGGAAGUCUUCGCCGCUCGUCCAGUGCGUGGGAUCCUGUCCAGGCCCAGUGGCCUGAAGGUAUCUCGCGGCCCCGUGAGGCUGUCCCUUCUACCGGCCGUGGACUGGUUCAGGGUGAGAAGGAAGGGUCUCGCUUGAUGCGCGGAUCUAGAGGCCUACCCGCCAACGAAGGAGAGAACCACCUUUGCACCGAGCCACAGCAACAACGACCUGCACCCGACGUGGACGAGAAAGGGGUUGCCGAUGAGCACAAUUGUGUCGAGUUUUUGGAACAACCUGGCGGGGAGAGGAACGACGGGGAAGUAGAGACUUUUCCCUCAGCUGAAAACAAGCUGGGUGCCUCUGCGAUUCUUCGUCCAUCUCCUGCUAGAGCAGGCUGCGGAGCAGGCCUCGAACUCAGAAGACGAAGGCCGACAGCGAUAGAUGACUGA